UCCGGAAGUUGACAUCAGUGGAUCGACCCGAUCGACUGGUUCUGCUGCUGGUCGUGUUUUUUGGUCUCCUUUCUGYUGUACAUGUGGAUUUCUACAUACAUAGAAGAUAAUGUCUGCAACUGAGAAAAAUCCUUUUCAACAUAUUGUUGAACCUCUCGACCCCAAAGAAGCAAACCAACGGUUUUAUAACCUCACCAAGCUUGGAGAUCCAAGAUAUGAGCGUCUGCCGUUCUCCAUCCGGGUCCUGUUGGAGUCUGCUGUCAGGAACUGUGAUGAGUUUCUAGUGAAGUGCUCUGAUGURGAAAGCAUCCUGAACUGGAAACUGACCCAGACUCAAACUGUGGAGGUCCCUUUCAGACCGGCUCGUGUCAUCCUCCAAGACUUCACUGGUGUUCCUGCUGUGGUGGACUUUGCUGCCAUGCGUGAUGCUGUGAUGAAACUAGGCGGCGACCCAGAAAAGAUAAACCCCGUCUGCCCUGCUGACCUGGUCAUUGAUCAUUCCAUCCAAGUGGACUUCAACAGGAAGUCUGACAGUCUUCAGAAAAACCAGGACUUAGAGUUUGAGCGCAAUAAAGAAAGAUUCCAGUUUUUAAAGUGGGGCUCUAAAGCCUUCAAGAACAUGCGGAUCAUUCCUCCUGGUUCAGGAAUCGUUCACCAGGUUAACCUGGAGUAUUUGGCCCGGGUGGUGUUUAACCACGAAGGUUUCUUUUAUCCUGACAGCCUGGUGGGCACAGACUCCCACACCACCAUGAUUGAUGGGCUGGGGGUUCUGGGCUGGGGACGAGAGGCAGAAAAGCUGUCCUACAUCACGAAGUACCUGAAGGCAGUGGGAAUGUUUCGAGAUUAUAAUGAUGCUGCUCAGGAUCCAGAUUUCACUCAGAUCGUAGAGUUGGAUCUCAGCUCUGUGGUUCCCUGCUGCAGCGGACCCAAAAGACCACAUGACAGAAUUCCUGUUUGUGACAUGAAAAAAGACUUUGAAAUGUGUCUGGGAGCAAAGCAAGGGUUUAAGGGUUUUCAGGUGUCCCCUGAACGCCACAGYGCUGUGAUCCCCUUCAACUUCGGUGGGAAGGAGUACCUGCUGAGUCAUGGCUCAGUGGUGAUCGCUGCAAUCACCAGCUGCACCAACACCAGCAACCCCUCCGUCAUGCUGGGAGCAGGACUCCUUGCUAAGAAAGCAAUAGAAAGUGGUUUGAGUGUGAAGCCAUACAUAAAGACGAGUCUGUCACCAGGCAGUGGAGUGGUAACCUACUACCUGAAAGAGAGUGGAGUUAUGGAUUACCUGUCUCAGCUGGGCUUUGAAGUGGUUGGCUACGGUUGCAUGACAUGUAUAGGCAACAGUGGUCCGCUGCCAGAGCCAGUGGUGGAGGCCAUAACACAGGGGGAUCUGGUUGCGGCGGGCAUCCUGUCAGGGAACAGAAACUUUGAGGGUCGAGUCCACCCCAACACCAGAGCCAACUACCUGGCUUCUCCACCUCUCGUCAUUGCUUAUGCCAUUGCUGGCACUGUGAGGAUAGACUUUGAAAAGGAGCCUAUAGCCAUCAACUCAGAAGGUAAAGAGAUCUUCCUGAGGGAUAUCUGGCCCACGCGGGAGGAGAUCCAGGCAGUGGAGAGAACUUUUGUCAUUCCGUCCAUGUUUAAAGAGGUGUAUGAAAAGAUUGAGAAAGUGAACGAGCGCUGGAACGCUCUCGUGGCUCCUUCUGACAAGCUCUACACCUGGGACCCCCAAUCAACGUACAUCAAGUCACCCCCAUUCUUCGACGGUUUGACCAUGAAGCUGCAGCCCCCAGAGUCUAUAAAAGAUGCCUAUGUGCUGCUGAACUUUGGAGACUCUGUCACAACAGACCACAUCUCUCCUGCAGGGAACAUCGCCAGGAACAGCCCUGCAGCACGCUACCUCACCGACAGAGGGUUGACCCCUCGAGAAUUCAACUCGUACGGCUCCCGUCGAGGGAACGAUGCUGUGAUGGCCCGAGGGACGUUCGCCAACAUCCGCCUCUUCAACAAGUUCCUGAACAAGCAGGCGCCUCAGACAGUUUACCUGCCCACAGGAGAGACGCUGGACGUGUUUGAUGCUGCAGAGCGGUACCGGCAGUCUGGUGUCCCACUGCUGGUUCUGGCAGGGAAGGAGUAUGGCUCGGGGAGCUCCAGGGACUGGGCAGCUAAAGGCCCCUUUCUCCUGGGGAUCAAAGCGGUUUUAGCAGAGAGCUAUGAGAGAAUCCACCGCAGUAACCUGGUGGGGAUGGGGGUCAUCCCCCUGGAGUAUCUGCCAGGAGACACAGCUGACAGUCUGGGUCUGACCGGCCGAGAGCGCUACACCAUCGUCAUCCCUGAGCACCUCACACCCCGCAUGGCUGUACACGUCAAGCUGGACACGGGGAAAACAUUCAAAGUACUCAUGAGGUUUGACACCGACGUGGAGCUGACUUAUUUCCACCAUGGAGGAAUCCUCAACUACAUGAUCCGCAAGAUGUCCCAGAACUGAUAACUGUGAACUCAUGCCCAGGAAUAAUACUGUAUCAUUAUAUCCAGAACUUAACUUCUCAUCAUUCUCAUGUUAGAGGAAGCAGCUUUUAGUUCAGCCUGAAGGAUCGGUCUCUUCAMUGGGACCAGUGUGGACCGGACCGAUCUGGUUUGUUGGUGGCUGCACACACUUCUUGUCACCUGCAGGUGGCAGUACUGCACCAACAGAGACAUCCUGAGUGUUUGAUCACCUCCAGGAUUCAUGUUGUUUAUUUACCUUCUCUGUUGUAACAACAACAACAAUGUAACUGUGUUCUUUUAGCAAAAUAUCUCAUCAACCACAGGACAGGUUUUAAUGAAACUCUGAAAAUAAUCAUUGGAUCUACAGCUCAUUAAAUUUUAUAAUCAGUACUUCAACAUGACCACCUCAGCUUAUUAACAUUAGGUGAAAGGAAACUAAUGAUAACUCAGCCUCUUCUACAGAUAUGUGACCCAUCGAAUCGAAAUGAGGAUUAAAUCAAAUUUGGUCAAAAUGACCUCA